GUCAUAAUCAUUCUUGACCGAACCUUGGCGACAACCAUACGUUUCAAACAACAUAACGUGACUUGUGUGACUUAUAUGCAUUUUGGCUGUAUCUACUCCGGUCGGGGGGUUAUCAGUGCACUUGGUCAGUGUUAUUAAAAAAAUAAUAAGGUUUUUUAUUGGUGAGCAAUGGUGGACAGUCAGUGCGGAGCGCGGCAAGUGAAAACUUACAUCAUGAGUGACUUAUUAAAAAAGUUCGAUUUGGACGCGACAAAUGAUUUUGUGAAAAUAGCUAUAGCUAUAGCCGGCUUUUAUAUGGGAAUAUUUUAUUUGGAAUACGUGGACACAGAAUACAGCUUGUGGCUGACAUGGUUCCUCAUGCCAGUGGUGGUGACAUUCCUCCUGCCAGCCGUCAUCAUAGUACUUAUAUACGUCAGCGCCAUCAUAUUCCACCUCUACAGGCUCUACAGGUUGCGGGUGGUGGAUGGGGUCCAGAACGACUGGCGGCAGGCGGCGAGUCUCGCGGUCUGCGCGCUAUGGGACGCCCACGGGUGGCUGUGGCAUGGUUACGAGAUCCAAGGCAUCGAAAACAUUCCAAACGGGCCGUUCCUAGUGAUCUACUACCACGGCGCGCUUCCCAUCGACAUGUAUUACUUCACCGCUCGCAUGCUCCUGUUCAAGAGAUUGCACAUACACACAGUAGCUGAUCGGUUCAUGUUUAAGAUACCCGGCUGGAAAACACUUCUGGAAGGUCUCUGCGUGAUUCCCGGCACCGUGGGCGAAUGUGUCGCGGUGCUGCAAAAGGGAAGCCCGCUGGCCAUCUCCCCCGGCGGGGUGUACGAGGCGCAGUUCGGGGACCACACUUAUAAACUAUAUUGGAAGAAUAGACUUGGCUUUGCGCGUGUCGCUAUACAGGCUAAAGUGCCAAUAAUCCCGAUGGUGACCCGCAACGUCCGCGAGGCGUUCCGCACGGUCGGCUGGCUGCGGGGCGCGUGCCGUCGCGUGUACGCGGCUACACGCGUCCCCCUCGCACCCGUGUACGGGGGGUUCCCCGUGAAGUUGGUCACGCACUUGGGGAAGCCGAUCGAGUACGACCCCAGUCUGACGCCGGAACAGUUAGCUAAGAAGGUAUCAAAAGCGAUAGAGGAUCUCGUGGAACAGCACCAGACCGUCCCGGGCAACAUCCUGCGCGCGCUGACGGAGCGCGUGGUGGCGCUCCCCAAGCGCCGGCCGCAGCCCCCGCGCGGCAAGCUCGCCAACGGCGCGCCCGCCGCCGGCCCGCCGCCGCCGGAGGACGCCAAAACUAAAGUCUCAUAAAAUUGGUAGGUUCCUUAGGUUUAUAUUUAGUAGAGCACGCUGGCUUAACCCCUCGGUUCUGACAAAAAACCUUGAAGGUUUUUAAAAAUGAAUUCUAAAUUCGAAAAACGCGGGGUUCUUAUUAGGGUUGUCUUUAAAAGUGACGUUCGUUAAAAUUUCAUUUGACAGUUCUCUUUAAGCUUGAUAACGACUGUGACGUUUUUUAACAGGUUUUUUGCCCGCCUUGUCUCUAAAAAACAAAUAUACAUAGUAAACGGCCUCCGGUAGUGCCUACGAAGCGGGGGGUCUCGGGUUCGAAUCCCGGUGAGAUCAUUUGUAUUGUGGCCCUUGUGUUGUGUGUGUUUAUUUGUGUGUUGUUGUCUGAGUUAAGGAUGUUAUCUUUGUAUAUGUUUGUAUGUCGUCGCCUAGUACCCACAUUACAAGCUUAGCUUAGUUUGGGGCUAGAUCGAACUGCGUAAGAUUGUUCCCAAAUAAUUAUUUAUUCAUAUUUAUAAAAAUGUUACAUCCGUUACAAAAUGAACAGAGACAUAUCCUAUUAUUUUCAUGCUCUGUCUGUAUCAUUAGGUAUUUAAAUAAAAGUAAACAAAAUCUACCCUCAAAUGGCUCCUUAAGCCAAUUGAGGGUAGAUGAAAACAUUACACGAUCAAAUAAUGUAGGAGCACAGAAUAAAUAAUAGUACUGCCGUACAGAAAGGAAACUUCCCACAAAACCGAAGUUUAACAGCGGUUCAGGGUCAAAUCAUGCUAUCCCUUUCUAAUAUAUGGCACUAUCCCUUUCGGCUAUUUAGGGUUGUCAAAAUUCAAGUGAUUAUCUUAUCUGUGGUCGUGCACGCGAAAGGAAGUCAAGUGGUGCCAACCCUAAUAAUUGCUCGGAGCAAUGCUGAGCCGAGCGGAGCCGAGUUUGGCCGAAGUCAGGAGUUUCGCACCCCUGGUAGGAGUCAGGUCAUUCAAUGAUUGAUCGAGGCGGUUUUGUAUUUGGUUGGUUAACCAAUAAAUGUUAUAACUACCUGAUAAUUUACAAAUUGUUUGUUUAUUUUUAUUGAAACGCCUAAUGAUACAGACGUACAUAUAGUUUAUUGGUCCAAUAAAUUAAAAUAUUAGAUAUUUCAAUACAUUCGUCUAGGUAUAGGUAUAUGUGUGUGCUCUUAAAUAAGUGUAUAUUUUGUAGAUAUACGUAGACAGACUAGCCGUAAGACCGAUUUCUUUUGUAGUUUUUUUGUUGGUAGAUUUAGAUAAAAUUUGGUUUGAAGAGGUUGGGCCUAAUACAUAUGAAAUCACAACUUGUUUCAAAUAAAUAUAUGUAAUUUUCCGUUUGGUUACGAAUAUUACAUACGUGUUCCGUAACUCAGAGGAAGAUUUUUAGGACAUAGGGUGGAAUUGCAGUAUAUUGUACAGUCUAGUAUAAAAAUAUGGGUGCACUCAUCAUACUCAAAAAUAUGUCGUCCCAUGGCUCUUAUGUCAGCGAAUUAAGAACUAUGGGACAUAUUUUUUGAGUAAGUUGUAUGCACCCAUAUUUAUACACUUAAUUGUAUAUACAAAAUAGAGAACUCUUAUUUAUCCUUCUAAUUUUAUCGAAAUCGAACGAAAACAAAAUUAGUCUAAAUGUACAUUAAAAUGUACAUAUUCGUUGCAAUCUAAUCUGUAGUAUUUCUUUUGUUUCAUUGUGUUUUAAAACAAUCGAAAUUCGUUCCAAUUUACUUAUAGAACAAGGUUCAAAUUUAAAUUUAAACUUUUUAUGGUGGGUCUUAUUA